UCUGUCAGAGUGUGGCACCUGUUUUUGUUCAUGUUGUGUUGUUCUUAUUCCUAUUAAGUGCAAGCAAAAUUUAAUUUACAAAUAAAAAAUAAAAAAAUGAAAAACAUGAACCAAGUACACUGUACUACGAUGUUUCUUGCUCCUCAGUAGAACUUUCAACUUUGGUGUGUUUGUAAGUUCUUCUUUCAUCUGCUUUUUCUCACUCUUAUAAUUUUCAUUAUUUUUUGGGUUCACUGUAUUUUUAUUUUAUUUUUAAUUUAUAAUUAACUGCAUGAAAUUAAAUUUUGUGAAUUUGUUGGGUGCUGUAGAAAAUGCUUAAACUGUGAUUGUAAAAUCAAAACUAAUUAUUCUUUAGUUGAAAUGGAAUCAUUAUCUUGUUAGGUUUAUCUGCAAGGAAUCUAUCUUUUUUGUUUUUGUUUUUGUUUAAAGUAAAAAUAAGUAUCGGGGUUUGUGUCUGGAAUGUUUCUAGCUUCAAUUUAUGAGUAAAGUUUGUUUCUUUUUUAUUUUUCUGUGUUAUAUUUGGUUUUUUUUCAUAAACUCUUGCUGUUUCAAAUGGAGCAUUUUCUUGCUUGUGCUUUGAGGUGACUAAUGGUUUGUUUGGGUUCUUAUGGAAAAUUGGAAUCAAUUGCUUAUGUUUAAUGGCCCAGGGUAGCUGACGCUGAUGCACAUUGUGACUUAUUUAUGUUUGGCCCAGCAUUCACUUUUUAAUCAUUCAAUAUUGUUUGAAGCGUAGCGUCAAAUAGUGAAGGAUUUUUAUUUCCUUCAAGAUAAGUAUAAAUGACGGGCAACAAGGUAGUAAUAACCUACAAAAGAAAGCGGCAUUCUCAAAGUAGAAGUUUCAUCAGUGGAAAUCGUUGCCAAAACUCAGUUGGUGAAGAUGCCCGUAAUUGUUCUUUAUCAAAACUAGUUAAACACGACAACCAAACUGCUGAGAAGACAUCAGAAAAACAUGAAGAAAAAUCAACGGAUACUAGUGAUGGGAAAAAGCCUUGCUCUGGAAGCAUCAAACAGACAGAUCAUUCAUCACCGCUUCCCGUUCAAAAGCCAGGUGGGCUCGAAGGAGAGGAGCUUGGAAAUUGUGAUGAAACUGAGUUGAUAAUUACUACGAAGGAAUCAUUAACAAGUCAUCCAUGUGAGGAUAAUUCGAAGAAGGAUGAUGAUGAAUUAGCCCCAAUAAAAGAGGCUUCACAGAAUGGUUUUGAAUUACCCUCAAUAAAAGAGGCUUCACAGAAUGGUUGCGACACACAGAAAAAUUCUUGUGUAGGUGAGAACUCUGGUACUGAAUGUGACAAUGGUUCUAAUAAAAACAAUACUUCCCCCUCAGUUGAAAUGAAUGCUGCUGAGAAUGAUAUCAAUUUAAUCAAUUCAGAAACAUCAAUUACCAGAGAAUCCAGUGCAGCAUUUGGCGAUGAACCUCUUGUUUUGAAUAAGUCAACGGAUAGAUUUACUAAGUCACCCUCCAAUGAUAAUUUUGAAAACCAAUCUGAACAUAAGGUAACACAGACCUCCUUGACCAGUCCGUUAACAACCUAUCAAUGUUAUAAAAGAAGAAAGUGUAUGGAUGGGACCGAUAAGAAAAGUAAUUUGUUGCACGAGAAGGAAAACAUUCCAGUGCUAACCAAGUGGAGCAUGUUUGCAAAUGCUAAUGCUGAUCCCGCUUCUAGUGAUGACGAAUCAUCUUGUGACGAGUGUCCUGCACAUAAUGUACCAGAUCUUAAUCAAUCAGUGGAGCUUUCGGAAAGAGAGAAGCCACUGGAUAAAACUCAAGAUGAUGCAUCUUGUAGAAGCAGUUCUAGGGUUCUUCUAUCCGACCUUAAUCAAUCAGCAGAGCUUUCUGAAAGAGGAGAGCUUGAUCAGACUCGAGAAAAAGUGAGAAAUGCUGACACUACAUGUACUAGUGGAGUUGUUUCUGAAACCUGCAAGACACAUGUGGGAGAGCAACUGCAUUAUGGGGAAGACAUAAUGAAAACUGACACUCAAAUGGAUGGAACAGAAGUUCCAAGCCAGAGUUCUCUGAUACAAAAGGAAGCCGAACAUCUCGAUAAAGAUUGCCAAGGAAUCUCUAUCAAUGUUGAUUCUAGAAAUCUCUGUCCUGCUUCCACAACUGCUGACCAAGAAGUAGAAGAGUUUCAACCCUUUGCGAAAGAAGCCACUGAAAAUGAUCUUUCCAAUGACAUCAAGAAAAGUGGAGAACACGAACCUCAGUUUGACGACCAGUCUGCUAAAUCUGCAGAAGAGCAAACUAUUGAAGUGAACCUUGGUGCUGACAAGCAUUCCCUUCACUUGGGGAUGAAAACUCUUGUAGCCAAAUCUGACUCUACAAGCAGUAGAUCUGCCACUGCUGAGAAUCAAGUUACUCCACUGGAAUUUCUAAACUCCGGCAAUACAAAGGUGAUUUCAGAAGGAAAGACGAUCGAAGAUGUCUGCUCAAGCAUUACUCAAUCUCAGUCAGGCGGUUGUAUGAUGUUAGAUGAAAGAAUGAAUGUUCAACAAACUAAAACUAAUCAACCAAAACACGUGCCAACCAUUUCUCUUUCUUUGGGUUUGUCUCUACCUGUGGAGCAUGAGACUGGAGGUUGUGAUUCCAGUAAUUGUUUGUCUACAUUGCCUUUGUUUAAUUUAAUGGCUGGAACUAAAGAUAUUGUCCAAGAUGGAUUAUGUCAGUCUUCGAGGAAACGAAAACCAUCGCGUCUCCGGCACAAAGCAGUGCUUGACAACAUUGUAAGCAAAGCAAGAGCUUUAAAUGAGAGAGGCAAGUUUCAAGAAAAUUUCAUGCCAUACCCUAUAAUGUGGUCUGAAGAGGAAUUGGAUUUUCUCUGGAUUGGUGUGAGGAGACAUGGUAGGGGCAACUGGGAUGCUAUGCUUAGGGAUCCAAGAUUGCGGUUUUCACCAUUAAGGGCACCAUGGGACCUUGCUGAGAGGUGGGAGGAGGAACAAUUAAAACUUCUGAAAGAUAUUAGUGCUCCACAAUUCAUGCAUCCAAAUGCAGAAAGAGCCGUGGCGUUGCAAGGAAAAUUUUGCUUCUUAGAUCCCAAAUCAGGUCUUUGGAGACAAAAUACAAUAGAGGAGACUAAUCUAUCCCCUGAAGAUGUAUUUUCUUAUAGGGAGAAUAACCCCUUGAGGAAAUCUCUUGCUAGGUCAUUUCUUCUGAGUAACACCGCUGCAUGCAGUCCCGCGCCAACUAUUCUUUCCGGGAGAACUUCUUACAACAACAUUGAUAAGUAUGAAUUAGGAUUUUUCAAUUCUACAGGAAGCUUGAGUAUUUCCAAGGAAAACUCUUAUUCAAAUGAUUAUCCAUUUAACUGUUCCACUGCAAAGAAUAAUUUGCCGCACUGGCUCAGAGAAGCAAUCAAUACUCCUCCAAUGUCUGUAGAGCCAAAUCUCUCUGCAGAUCAUAGCUUUGAUGCUGCUGGUAAGUCAUCCUUUCUGCCUCAAAAUCAGUUAAGUGGUUUGAAGACAAAUGAUAUACAUAUGUCAAAUGCUUCUCACUAUUCAACCUAUUCAAGAAGAAAAUAUGGGAUGCUGAAAAUGAAUAGGUCUCUGCAACAUCAUGUCAGCAAACAAGACGACUUGAUUGUUAUUGAUAGCGACACAUCUUCCGAGGAGACUAUAUCGGACGAUCACCGUGCUAGCUUGAAGAUUUGAAGAAUGUAUUUUCUGUUAGAUGAUCAUUAUUCAAAACAUGUAAUGAGAUGUAGAAAUUGUUGUAGGUGAAUUUGCAUGGUUUCGUAGGUUUACUUAUUUGCAAACGUAGGAGCUGUUGUGACUUUAUGCCAAAUUAAUGUUGAUUUUAUAUUUAACUGAAUCUUUUCGGGA